UUCUUCCUUUUUAUUUAUCUGUGUAUGUAUAUAUUGUUUUUGGUGUGGGUUUCUUGAAAUAGAACCCCUGAAUUCUCAUUCUCUUGGAUUUUCAGGCUUGGAAAUGGAGCAAGAAGGAGCACUUGUUUUAGUACCGGCUGCAGUGGUCGCAACGCCGAAUAGGGUAGUGCCGCCACCACCACCACCGACGUCGUUAGCGCCAGGUUUUCGGUUUCAUCCAACUGAUGAGGAGUUGGUGAGGUACUAUCUAAGGAGGAAGGCUUGUGCAAAGCCAUUUCGAUUUCAGGCUGUUGCUGAAAUUGAUGUUUACAAAUCUGAACCUUGGGAACUUGCUGAGUAUUCAUCUCUGAAGACCAGAGAUUUAGAGUGGUACUUUUUCAGCCCUGUAGAUAGGAAGUAUGGGAAUGGAUCUCGACUUAAUAGAGCUACUGGCAAAGGCUAUUGGAAAGCUACUGGGAAGGAUCGUCCUGUUCGCCACAAAUCUCAGACCAUUGGAAUGAAGAAAACGCUUGUCUUCCAUAGUGGUCGAGCUCCUGAUGGUAAGAGAACUAAUUGGGUGAUGCAUGAGUACAGACUUGCCGAUGAAGAAUUGGACAGAGCUGGAGUUGUGCAGGAUGCUUUUGUACUUUGUAGAAUCUUCCAAAAGAGUGGAUUAGGACCUCCUAACGGUGACAGAUAUGCGCCAUUUAUUGAGGAGGAAUGGGAUGACGACACAGCUCUCAUGGUUCCCGGAGGAGAGGCAGAGGAUGAUGUGGGCAAUGGUGAUGAAGCGCAAGUCGAGGGACAUGACCUUGACCAGCUGGCUGUCGGAUCAUCAAAGCAGGAUGCACUCGGGAAGGCUCCUUGCCAAAGUGAGAACCUGGCUGAGCCCCGACCUCUGACGUUUGUUUGCAAGAGGGAAAGGUCUGAAGAACUCGAACCCCUCUCCUUAGCUCAAAGCAAAAGAUCCAAGCAUGAUGAUCCUAGCUCUAGCCAUGCAAAUGGUUCGGAAGAUUCAACCACUAGCCAACAAGAUCCACCAACUUUGAUGAUGACGACAAGUUACUCCCCAGCUCUCUUAACAUUCCCCGUGUUAGAACCCCCUGAACCAAAAGAAAGCCAACCUUCUAACCCUCUUACUUUUGACUCUUCCAACCUUGAAAAAUCUGUUCCUCCAGGUUACCUGAGGUUCAUUAGCAAUUUAGAGAAUCAGAUACUAAAUGUGUCCAUGGAGAAGGAGACGGCAAGGAUUGAAGUGAUGAGAGCUCAAGCUAUGAUCAACGUUCUUCAAUCGCGCAUCGAUCUCUUGAACAAGGAGAACGAGGACUUGAGGAAACUCGUCCGAAAUGGUUAGCUGGUAACUAUCUCCAUGUAAGUCUAGUUUUGUAGUUGUCGGUGGAGGCCCCCCCUUGUAUCGGAGUCCCUCCAUUCUUGAACUGUCUUUAGUAGGAGUAAGAUAGCUGGCUAUGUAAUAAACGUUAUUUACGUAGUUUCGCUAUAAACCUGUACC